CCCAGCCAGAGCUUCAUCUUCUUCCCCCCUCUCUUCACACCUUUCAGUCUCUGCUCACAAGUCACAAUAGACCAAACUGUAGUAGUACAUAGCCUUCCCUUUCUUUCUGCAACUCCCCUAAUUCCCUGCUCUUAUCACCCUCCUUUGGAUUUUGGGUUGUUGUAGACCAAGAUGGCAUACGAGGAAAGGUAUGGGCAGGUUCAGAGGCCUAAAUAUGAUUGCCUUCUGUUUGAUUUAGAUGAUACUCUUUAUCCCCUCAGUGCUGGUCUGGCUGCAGCCUGUCUCAAGAACAUAGGAGAUUACAUGGUUGAAAAACUGGGCAUAGAGCCUGCCAAAAUUCCUGACUUGUGUGAUCUGCUGUACAAGAAUUAUGGGACUACAAUGGCAGGUCUCAGGGCAAUUGGCUAUGAUUUUGACUAUGAUGAAUAUCAUAGUUUUGUACAUGGGAGAUUGCCUUAUCAAAAUCUGAAGCCUGACCCUGUUCUCAGAAAUCUUUUGUUGAGCCUGCCUUAUCGGAAAAUUAUCUUUACAAAUGCUGACAAGGUUCACUCCCUCAAAGUUCUUGGUAUCCUUGGACUGGAGGACUGUUUUGAGGGGAUUAUAUGCUUUGAGACUCUCAAUCCCAUUCAAAAGAACACGAUAUCUGAUGAUGCGCCUACUAGCUCCCCCGAGAUCUUUGACAUCAUCGGGCAUUUCCUUCGACCUAAUGCUGGAUCAGAGUUGCCCAAGACUCCCGUUGUCUGCAAACCAUCUGAAGCUGCCAUCGAAAAGGCCUUAGAAAUUGCCAAAAUCGACCCCCGCAGAACUCUGUUCUUCGAGGAUAGUGUCCGAAACAUACAGGCUGGGAAACGCGUCGGACUUGAUACAGUUCUGGUUGGGAAAUCCCAGAGGGUUCAAGGUGCAGAUUAUGCAUUAGAAAGCAUCCAUAACUUGAAGGAAGCGCUGCCGGAGCUCUGGGAAACCGAGAAGGUGGCGGAAGUGGGCUACCCCGGGGUGGCGGUGCCAACAUCUGUAACGGCUUAGAUACGACGCUGCCAUCUCCAGCUCCAGCUCAUAUUGACCAUUAGUUAAAUGAUGUAGAUGUGUUAAGUUCUUUGUCAUCAUCAUAUCAUCAGCUAGAUAUAUAGAUUAGGUAAACAUUAUAUAUAUAUAUAUAUAUCUAUAUAAUAAUGUUGUAAAUUAGUCAGGUAUGAAAUGUUUUCAUCAAUGCAAUAAUUGGGGUUUAUUAGCA